UUCCCCUAACAUAUACAUACAAUUUGGCUUAAUAUGUAUAAUAGUUGUGACUCCUAUUGCUAUGACUUUACUGCAUAACAAUUGUUAGUUUCCACAGUUUGUCAAUCGGUUUAACCUAUGAUCUGAACAAUUGAUUUGAUUUAUUAGUUAUGUAUUGAAAACAAUUGUCAAAACUGUUGAAGACAUCGAUGUUUGCCAUCCAUUGAUUGUAACUCAAGUGAAGAUCUUCGCGAUGAUGAUCACCGACGAAGUCAGACGUGAAGUCAAUUAUUGUCUUGAAUUGAUUGAACUGUUGACCAAUUGGCGAAACACUACCCGACGGGUCGUCAAUGAGUGUCAAUGUCAUCACAACGGGUCGGAAGACAAACUGUCUGUCAGACAGUUGGACAUCAAACUAACCGAAGUUUAUGAUGAAGAAAGGCUGAACCAAAUCCGUCAUUUGAUCGGUUAUCUCAGUGGUCACUACACCGUCAAAACAGAAAGAUUUACUGCCGAUGACAGCGUUGGUAUCAAUAAUGAACAAGAGUUUAUAAAUGGGAUCAAACAAGUAGAGGCUAUACUAUACGGCAACGAUGACAUAGAUAAGGAUAAUAGUGAUGAUUACGAUGACAAUACUGAUGUCAAUAGUGAUAAUGGGAACCAAUUAAGUAAUGACAUUAACACUGAUUUAUUGAUGGAUACUAUUAUCAAUAGGGAUAACAUUACAGACAUCAGUAGUAAUAAAGAGAGCGAUAAGUCAAACACAGUUACCAAUAGUAAGACACGAAACAACUUGAAGACUAAGACUUCCACAAAGUUUAAUACAAACGACAGCAAUGUUUCAAGAUUUAAGAAGAGAACAAAUGUUAUGGAUAUGAUAACUGUCAUCACAUCCAACACUAUUAACAAAUCAUUUCUGAAAAAAACUCGAAAUCAUACGCCAAAAAUUACAAAGUCUAAGACAGUGGCCAAAGGUUUGACAAAAUUAAAUCCAAAAAUAAGAAGAGAGACUUUGAAUGUUAGCCAAAGAAGAUGUAGAGACAAUCGUAAAUAUCUUUCAGCAGAACAACUGAGAGAUGGUGUGAGAGAUAAUCGAUGGGAAGUGUUGGCAGACGAAGAGAGUAAUCUCAUAUCUGUGUUAAGAAAGAAGCCAAACGAUAUGGACUUACCAGUGGACGGAAAGAUCUCAACCAAUGGUACGGUGGGUUAUAAGUGCAAUGAGUGCCAGUUUGUGACGGGUCGCCGAACCGAUAUGAAAGGUCAUGUUCGAGCUGUUCAUUACAAACAACGACCGUUUCUCUGUAACGAUUGUAAUAAGGGGUUUACAUUCAAACGCAUUUUGGACUCUCAUCGGGCAAAUAUACACGGCAUAGGUAUCGGCAAUAAGGACCGUCCGGCCAGAUUUAAGUGUCAGUACCCUAAUUGUACGUACGAAACACAUUACAAAAGUCAAUUUGAAAGUCAUGGACAAAGACAUCGAAAGGAGCGCAAUCAUAGGUGCGAUGAAUGUGAGGCAGCGUUUUGUGCGGCCAGUGAUCUAAAAGUACAUAAGCGACGAGUGCACGACGGUUCGCGGCCCUAUAUCUGCUCGUGGCCCGGAUGUGAUGCCGCUUUUAAGAGCGCUCGUGAUUGUCGUAAUCACGGUGUCGUACAUUCAUCGGAACGCCCAUUUACAUGCGAUGCCAUCGGCUGCGGKAUGAGCUUUAAAGACAAGUCACAUCUCAAGCGYCAUAUGGAUACACACGAAUCGAUUAAACGGCACCGUUGUAUUUGGCCGGCCUGUGAGCGGUCAUUCUCCAGAAAACAUCAUUUGGAUAAUCAUAUGAAGACACAUACAUGUGGUGAACAAAUGAUGACACAGUCUUUUAUGGUUACGUAACCUUUUGGAUCAAAUCAAUAAUUUAUUAUAUUAUGUUAAAUAUAUUGUU